AUGUCGAGGAAAAAAAAACGCAUCUAUCUUGCUGAUAGAACUAAAUUGUGCACAGCUGAACCCGAAAGGGUGAAUCACCUAUUGCUCAACACAGACAAUCUUGCUGAAAGGCACCCAUUCACAUCAUCUUCUCUGGCGUGGCUCGAGCACUGUGCCGCUCACAACCAUACAAAUAAAGAAAGCAAAGCACAAACGAUAUCUAAAGGAAAUUCGCAGACAAAUUUGCGGGAUCCAUCCAAUCAGAUACGAGCUGCCACUAAGACCGAUUUAGUGUACAAUAAAAACGAUUACCUUACCCCAUCUCAUGCCAGAGAAGCAGACCCGGUAAAGGUCAAGACUCAAUUAAUUAGUGAGAAACACACGCCAACCUUCAAAGAGCGUGUGUAUGAAGGUAAUUUUCACCAGGAUGACAGCCGAAUUAUCGUGGAAAAUGGGGGAUACGGGCGUUGUGACUGCUGUCCGCAUGAUCUAUCACAUAGAAUAACGAAAAAAAGUGAGAUACCAUGUAGAUGUCAACACCGGCGGCUUGCUAGUGAGUGCAGUGCGAGACGGUCGCCAUUGACAUCGCCUGAAAAUAAGAUUAGGGUUCCCAGAGAGGGCAACCAUGAGUUUUUAUAUUCACGGAAAAAUGAUGAAGCGGUAAAAUCGCUCACCGUAGAUAUUCACAAUAGUGUCUUGCGUGAUCCGGGACAGGGACCAUGCGAGGGGAAUUUACUCAAGGGAGAAGUCAAGGAUAAUCCAGAGAAUAGGAACGACACGCUCUCUUGCACACGCACGGGCUCCUCUUCCUUUCUUCGUCCAGAGGCCGGCGCUGCUAUGAUUUCUGCUUCACGUGACUUAAGCAACAGGUGUCUUGAGUCUUCCCCAAACUUUACGUCAGGUGCUUCUCGGUCUCACAUUAACAUCAGCAACGACUCUAGGCUCAAGCGCCCCAAAUCAUCUUCACCUCUCGCGAACAAGAGCCUAUCAGCAAGCACAGAAAGGAGUCGAAGGAAGAGCAAUCUGAGAGAGGAGGCCCUACGCUCCCGAUUCAUAAGCCUGUGCUCAUGCUACUGGAAUCAAUUCCCUGAGCUGGGGAUGCCUAUCAAUCCGGCUUCACAUGCACCGACGUGUCCAUGCCACGACAAGCAAUCCGAAUAUGAGGCGGCAGUCAUGUCUUCUGAAGAAACGUCUGAGGAGAGCUUCAUAGCUGGCGCAGCACGCUCCCGCUCGUCUUCGUUUAAUGGCAAGAGUGAGUUGGGUAGAGAUCAUGAAAGGAACCCCCAUGAGUGCUAUACCCAAUGCAGGAAACAUGGAGCCCCUAUCUCCUCAGCAGAUCGAGGCCGGCCAGGCAGAGAGGCCUGCACAAAGACUAAGGAACUGCGGGUGCGCAAGCAGACCACGGCAGCUGCUGUACGCAGCACUCCUCGAUCCGCGAUUUUCGGGGCAGCGAAGCGUCGCAUGAUAUUUGAUAAAAUUUCGAGUGCGGGAAGUGUAAGUGGCAGCAGCAGUUCGUCUUCGUCAUCACCUCUGCCCGCAUCACGCCAGAGGUCCCGAGCUUCGGGAAGGUCCCGGCAAAAAGAGGAUGGAUCCUCUAAAAGACCUCGAACUGUCGACAAAAUUGUAGAGACUCCCCUUUUGGUGGCGGUCCCAGAGGAUGGUAGCGCUAAUUCUACAACACAGUCGAAUUCAGUCGACAAGGAGUCGUCGGAGACGGUUGUACGCAAUAAGGAGGAAAGCACAGACACUCACCAAAAUUCACCCACGUUCUCCAUACUUUCUCCCGAGUCUCCAUGUACCAAAGCCACGGAUACAUCCACAGACAAGAAAAAAGAACCAAACCAUGAAUCAGUCGAACGAGGCCGCUCGCUCAGCCGCAGUCGUUGUACCUCUCGUCGUCAGCGCGCGACAUCACCAGGACCAGGUGCCUAUGAUGUUCUGUCAGCCUACGCACGAAGUUCUGCAAAUCUCGAGCCUCGACAAGUAAGCUUUGGAAAAGCUCCGCGGCGGACUCUUGAGGUCGUGGCAACAAACACUGAAACCCCCGGCCCUGGUACAUAUGAUAUUCUUUCAUCAGGUGGAACACCUCUUGUGAAUGAGGGGAGCAGGAGUGAAGAACGAAAAGCAUCACCAGUGGCAAUGACCGUGUCUUCUGCAUCCUUCCUCUCAAAAAGUCCGCGGGUUCUGCGCUACCAGCCCGGCACAUACCCACUGGAAGCAGACCACAACGACAGAAAUGCGACACCCGGCCCAGGCCAGUAUUCGACUGAAACGGCGGGACGCCUAGAGGCGCGCCAUACCAGUGCUCCUGCGUAUUCUUUUGGGAGGUCUUCCUACUCCAUCCCACCGCCUCUAUCAGAGGCAUCAGCAUUAGGGUGCAGGACUCAAGGAUUAACCACCACUUCGAAUACCACAUCAGUGAUGCCCUGCGAUCUAAAAGGUAGCAUUGCUCCUGGACCAGCAGAUUAUGACGUACGAACAGGAGAUGAAAUCGGUGCUUCAGGGCGGUGUGCUGUAUUGGGAACUAGCUCUGCUAGAAGCACGUCUCCGUUGCCUGACAACACUGCUGUAAUAGGCGUUAUGGCGAAUUCCAAUAGAAUGGGUGAAGUCCCUGGUCCGGGAAGCUACGCUCUUGAUGUGGCAGAUCGAUGUGUGCGCCCUAAACCUCCAAGCUAUAGUUUCUCGGGACUUUCAAGGGCAGCAUCUCCGUUGCUGCGAGAUGCCAUGAAGUCUCCACUAUCACAGCAAGACUCUUCUUUAUCCCCAUGGGUUCACACUCCACUGCCCUUACCAGGGCCAAACCACCACGAUACAAUGGGGGCUCAUUUUAUGACAUCACAGCAUAGAAGCUCACCACAGUGUACCAUUAGGUCGCAGCGCUUCCACGAUGCUCGUCAGAGACUGCCGAACAGCUCUAGAGGUCCCCACGGGGACAGUAGUCUUCUUCAUGCGAUUAACAGGGCAAAUAACUUUCCCUAUGACGCUUGUGAUUCAGCUAGCCCUGGCCCCGGUGAGUACAUGCCGCUUUACACAACCCAGCAACGUUGUUUUAAGGGAUAUAGCUUUGGCAAGGCCCCACGUUCCCAUAGACCAACCACCACCGUCUGCAACGCGCCGGGCGAUGGCGAUGCCGUUCCGCGUAGUGAAGGAGGCGCCGCUGACAGCGUCCCAGGACCGGGCAGCUAUGCCGUGGAGGGGACCGCGAAACCUAUCGCUGGCUUUAUCGCUAAGGCACCCAGGCCGCAUAUUUUCGUCCAGUCUGAGGAAACGUCAGGGAAUUUUCCAGGCCCUGGUACGUACGAGCUCGACUCCGUUGUCACAAUGGCAAAUCGUCCAAGCGCGGUCAUUGGUAGUACCGUUCGUCAGGGGCUCCUUGUGUCGAAUACAGGCAGCUCUGGUCAUCUCGAAGGGGACCUUCCCGGGCCCGGCUCGUAUGAGUUACCCGAACUAUCCCCGGUAGGUCCGGUUUGCUUUUUCAAUCGUUCGGCACGGUCUUUUUCAGCGGCGAAGCGUGACGGUUCCAACGCGGAUGACUUCAGAGUUCCAGGCCCCGAUGCGUAUUAUUUACCGCCGCGGUCGUCUCAACAAAAUGUUUUUAUGGGUCCUUCACUGAGUAGGGCCCCACGAUUCAGUCAGGACUUAUUAGAUGAAAAAUCCAAGGGCUCUAUUCCUGGGGCGGGAGCCUAUGAUGUGCUGUACGACCAGCGAUCAGACUUGAAGGGCACUGCGGUUGCUGUUUCGAAUCGUGGAGCUGUAUUUGGCACUGCUCCUCGAGGAGAUCGAAUAGGUGAAAGUGGGGAUGGCGGAGGACUUCCUGGCCCGGGUAGCUAUGAUCCCCAAUACACCUUGCUUGAUACGUCACCACGAUCUAUCAUUUUUGCAGGGGCACCAAGUCGAGGUAUUUUGGAUACGGGUCCGGUGGAUAGGAAUGAAAACCAUGAGAACCAGAGUGGAGAAAGAGCUGGGCCAGGUUCGUAUGAUCCAAACUUGUUUUCCAACAUUCCAACGUACCCGCGAACGACCUUUUCGCAAGCAUCGCGCAGCUUAGCUACUCAGGAGCACUAUCCCAACAGUAGUAGUGCGAAUAAUGAAGUGGGUCCAGGCACUUAUAGCCCUAUGUUUGUUGAUGUAGAGGCACACCAGAGGGGUACCGUGAUCGGUACCGCACCACGCAAAAUCAGCGAACAAGCAUGUAGAAAUGAGGGAGCGGAAAACGAGACCAUCACACCAGGCCCGGGGGCCUAUGAGGUUUACUUGACACGUGAUGGACAUCAUAUUUCGUAUCAUCCCACUGAGGCUGAUGCGCUUCAGCAUAUUCGUGGUCCUGUUAGUUUUAGCACCGCACCCAGUUCGCGUAACGUUCUGGAAGGCGCGCCAGACGCGAACUACACCAACAGCGUCCCGGGGCCUGGGGCGUACGACUUGGCUGACAGUGCUGCCUUUGGUAGCGGUAGCCCUGGCGCCUUUAUGGGGACGCAAAAGCGAUUCACAGAGGAUCGUGGUGUUCAUGCCGGAAAUCGAGGUAUGUUGACGGGCGGAGAGCCCGAAAAUGUUCCAGGCCCUGGCUACUAUCAACCUGACUACGCCCACGUUGAAACGCGUUUGCCAGCUUUUGGGUUCGGUGCUGCUCGUGUUCAUGAGGGAAGCCCUUCUGGGAGGAGUGUUUUUAACGCUGCGGAUAACAUCCCAGGGCCCGGUGAGUAUGACACAGGUGUCUCUAUCCAGCAUUCCGGGCAGCCAGCCCACAGUUUUUUUACUGCCUCACGUUUCCCUGAAGAUUCAGAAAGGGGUGCAAAAUUGAAUGGUAACCCGGACCACCAUGAGACUGUCGGGCCGGGCUCUUACGAUGUGGGUUCCUCUGGUGCCGUUCGUCUCACAACACGCACUGCACCAGCUUAUACCUUUCCUUCUGCCUCUACAGCCCGAGACAUGGUUCGCACAACUGAGCUCACGUCGGGGGAAAGAGAAGGUAUUCACAAGACUCCGAUGGUUUCCACGGAGGUGACACCGGGACCAGGUGACUACCAACCCAUCGAUGGUGUUUACUUGACGCGCCCAUCCUUUCCCGUGUAUACGUUUGGGGCCGCCGAUCGGUUCCACUCUCCCCCUGGGUCGGCUGAGGAUCCUUUGAUCCCCGCACAUGAGGCUACCCGAAGGGGGGGCAGCAACACAGGGCAGUCGUUGGGGCCUGGCUCGUACUCUAUUCCACCAGCCUUUCCGUCUGGGCCGCAGCAUCGCUUUGGUACGGCGCCAACCCACCGUGGGAUUGGGUUGGUGUCUCCAACAGCAGACGAAGUUUUUCCGAAAGGUACUGACGAGGGCGGGAGGGCAGCAGAGGGUUCGUCAGGGGUGCCUGGCCCGGGAAGUUAUGAUGUGAUUGCAUCGGCUCGAGGGCCCGCCAUAACGAUUAGCUCCAAUGAUGAGCGACGAUUCUGGGUAGAUCUAAGAGAACAGAAAGGAAUUCCAGGCCCAGGGGCCUAUGAUGUUGCUGCUGUGAUGCAAGCCAACUUCGCUCCGAUGGUACCCAGGGCUCCGCGCUUCAACGAUGAAGGGGGCGCCGAUAAAAAAGGCGAAAAAUCGGAGCUUACUGGCGCCUCUACGCAUCCGAUGCCUGGUCCGGGAACUUAUUCACCAAAGGCGUCUUCAAUCGGGGGAAUUGGUACAGGGCCAUCACCCGCUUUUUCGAAAGCUGAGCGUAAAAUCACCAGCGAAGGUCACCAACCACCUGUUUCAGUGUUAACCUGUGAGCCAUCACCUGGCCCUGGACAUUACAAUGUUCAAGAUUAUUUACCCCCUGCAUCUGUCGCGAAGGGCGGCAUCGCACUCAAGUAUACUGCUGCUCGAUUCGGUAUCGGAGAGGAGGCAGAGGGGAAGAAUUCUACGCCAGGUCCCGGGUAUUACGACGCCUCUGUGGUGAGGAAGGGAGGGAUCUCUGCAGAAGAGGCCGGCCCGUCCUUUUCUCAGUCUGAGCGCUUCCCACAUGAACUCCAGAAGGAAUCCUCUAGUGGCGAGGCGCAGGGUAGUCCUGGCUGGUAUGAUAUACCUCUGAUGUUGCGUGCACCAGCCUGUUCCUUCGGCAAAGCCUUGCGCUUUCAGGAGGGUAAAAAUCCCCAAUCAAGCAAUGGGAUUGGUGAUCAUCCGGAGGCUGUUUCGGCCGCAAGCUUGCCUGGGCCCGGGUCUUACGAUGUUGAGGAGGCCGCAAAGGCAACAUUGAGGCGUGCGCCUGCAUUUAGUAUGAUACCACGUCGUAGCGAGGACGCUGUUGAUGGUUCACAUGAUGAUAACCUCACCGAGAAGAAGACUUCGCUUCCAGGCCCCGGACACUAUGAUGUGCUAAACUAUCGCACUGUAGGGGAGCCAGGAAGCCGUGCAGCUACUUUUUACGGGCGCUAUGAGAGCAUCAUAAGUGAUACCCCCGGACCGGGUUCUUAUGACACGAAACAACAUCACAUCGGAAAUGAAGCUCCCGCGUUUAGCAUGACUGGUAGAGCGGCAGCCCGGGAGUUGGAGCCGGGCAGCGACGCCCCUGGACCUGGCAGCUAUGACGCCGCGAGCGCCUUGGCCCACCUGCGUGGGCCGGUACCUGCCUUCUCCAUCGUAGGCCGUGGAGAUUUAUGGAACACUCGUAUGGGGGGUGGAGCGGAGACGCCUGGACCAGGUCAUUACGUGUUAUCGCCCCAACCCUCGGGGCCAGCAGCGGGGUUUGGCGUUAGCUCUCGAGCUACGACUGCGGGUGCCGCUGGGGUUGAGAGGGGUUUUAGCAAGGAUAACAGUGGUGUAGGUCCUGGCACCUACGACGUGCAUGUACCAACCUCUGGACCUGCCUACUCCUUUUAUCACUCGCAUCAACCUCUUUUCAAUGCUGGGAAGAUCACCGAAAAAGGAGCCUCUCGGGAUGUUGAAUCGUUGCCAGGUCCGGGUUUGUACCAUUCGCUUCAUGUGGAGAGUCAACCCCCUAAUCCGGGUCCUUCCAUAUCUUUUCCUAGAGCUCCCCGUAUGGAUUCCACCCAGGGGCGCGAGGUCGCCCCCACGCCAGGGCCUGGCGAGUACUACCGUCCUCAGAUACUGAUACAAGGUAACAGUGGCGCCCCGACUUACUCUAUUAUUGGCAAGUCUCAUGCGUACCUAAAGACGACUUCUACCGCGUCAGGUCCAACCACGCACAGCUCAGCUAUGGAUCGGGAUAUUAUGGGAGGAGGUCGCAACAUUAACAAGGGGGUAUUAUUUGACGCUGAUAGCAGACCGCAGCUCACGCAAGCUACGAACAUUGAAGUUGCAUCCAAAUCCUUAGAGAGCACACAAAGUGGUAGCAUGGUUGUAGACACCACUAUCCCAAAACCUAGGCAGACAAAGGAGGAGCUUAAUACUGAAGUAGGUGGUAGGAGCACAAAUGACGCGCGCUUGGUGCGCCGUGUGCAUUUUGCUGAUGAGGAGAGUGCCAAAGAGAGCGAAAGACUGAUUCCAUCUUCUAACCUUCAGAGUUCUUUUGCAGACCAGGAUGUUCAGAAUAACAUGGAUAUGCGUGCAAUUUAUUUGGAAAAGCUGGCGAAGGUUGGGUACCCCGUUAGGCAAAGACCACGCGAAAAGGAGCCUGAUAAUUUAUACCCCUGA